GCAGCCCUUGGUAGGCAGAGGGGUCUGAUCCCCCAGUGCCAGCAGGCCUCAUACCCGCCCCCCUCCACAGUGAUCAACAAAUACAAGCGCCGGCGGUUUCAGAAAACCAAGAACCUAUUGACGGGGGAGACGGAAGCCGACCCCGAAAUGAUUAAGAGGGCCGAGGACUAUGGGCCUGUAGAAGUGAUCUCCCACUGGCACCCCAACAUCACCAUCAACAUUGUGGAUGACCACACACCGUGGGUGAAGGGCAGCGUGCCUCCGCCCCUUGACCAGUACGUGAAAUUCGACGCCGUGAGCGGUGACUACUACCCCAUCAUCUACUUCAACGAUUACUGGAACCUGCAGAAGGACUACUACCCCAUCAACGAGAGCCUGGCCAGCCUGCCGCUCCGCGUCUCCUUCUGCCCGCUCUCCCUCUGGCGCUGGCAGCUCUACGCCGCCCAGAGCACCAAGUCCCCCUGGAACUUCCUGGGCGAUGAGCUGUACGAGCAGUCAGACGAGGAGCAGGACUCGGUGAAGGUUGCCCUCCUAGAGACCAACCCCUACCUGCUGGCUCUCACCAUCAUCGUGUCCAUCGUCCACAGUGUCUUUGAGUUCCUGGCCUUCAAGAACGAUAUCCAGUUCUGGAACAGCCGGCAGUCCCUGGAGGGCCUGUCCGUGCGCUCCGUCUUCUUCGGGGUGUUCCAGUCCUUCGUGGUCCUCCUCUACAUCCUGGACAACGAGACCAACUUCGUGGUCCAGGUCAGCGUCUUCAUCGGGGUCCUCAUCGACCUCUGGAAGAUCACCAAGGUCAUGGAUGUCCGGCUGGACCGGGAGCACAAGGUGGCGGGACUCUUCCCCCGCCCGACCUUCAAAGACAAGUCCACGUACAUCGAGUCCUCGACAAAAGUGUACGACGACAUGGCCUUCCGGUACCUGUCGUGGAUCCUCUUCCCGCUCCUGGGCUGCUACGCGGUCUACAGCCUCCUGUACCUGGAGCACAAGGGCUGGUACUCCUGGCUGCUCAGCAUGCUCUACGGCUUCCUGCUGACCUUCGGCUUCAUCACCAUGACACCCCAGCUCUUCAUCAACUACAAGCUCAAGUCCGUGGCCCACCUGCCCUGGCGCAUGCUCACCUACAAGGCCCUCAACACCUUCAUCGAUGACCUGUUCGCCUUUGUGAUCAAGAUGCCUGUGAUGUACCGGAUCGGCUGCCUGCGGGACGAUGUGGUCUUCUUCAUAUACCUCUACCAGCGGUGGAUCUACCGCGUCGACCCCACACGGGUGAAUGAGUUUGGCAUGAGUGGUGAGCCACCGACAGCAACUGCCCCCGUGGCCGGAGCCCCAGCAGCCACCAGGGCCCUCCCGUCCCCACCCACCCCCGACCCUGCCACAGUGGCCGCCGGCGGCGAGGGGGCCUCGACGCCCGUGCCCGCCUCGCCCACCCAGGGGGCCAGCUCCGCCGCCGAGCCCCAGGCAGCCCCUCCAAAGCCAGCAGAGGACAAGAAAAGGGAUUAACCGUUCCUGGUUCCUGGUCAUCGUCGUCUGCUCCGGCUCCUGGUGACACCGCCCCUGCCGACCCAGGCCCCUCGCCUCCCCUCCCCAUCGCCCUUUCCCUGGACAGAUUGGGCCGGGGCGGCCGGGGACCCCUCUGGGGCCAGGGCCCAGUGCAUGGUGUGGGGGCCAGGGCCGGCCAGGGCACGUGGUUUGUGGAGGCGCCGUCUGUCUGUCUGUUCCUGUGUUUUAGCCAUCUUGCCCUGCCAGCCCAGCACCAUUAGGAAUCAUGGUGAAGCCGAUGCGGCACUGCGGAGGGGGUGGGCCAGGCAGGGGAGAGGCCCACGGUCGGCCAUCCAUCAUCGUGUCCCUCGUCCCCUGACCAGCCCCCUCCUCCCAGACCGCCACCCUUUAACACAGUCUGAAUUUAAUAAAUUCAUGUGGGUGUUUAACUUAAACUCA